GCGAAACUUGUAGAUAUGGUUGCAUCUUUCACGGAACGUUGCCUUUUGACCGACGAGCCGAUUUUCGUACUCGCAAACCAAUUAAUUUCUAGCACUGGCAGUCUUGCAAAGUCAUAUCGCCAUCGACUAUUGACUUGGCACAAGCUUACCAAGUUUCCUUACCGAGUUACGUGCACAGUGCUAUUUUGUAGUUUCGUUCUUGCUAAUUGGAUCGUUGAAAGAUAUAACGAGAUGAUGCUAAUUACGGCAUUCGUGAUUAUUUCUUUUAGCAUGAUCACAGUUACGAAGGCCAUGAAUUAUACCGUGACAAAAAUCUUAGAUGAAUCAGUGACGGUAUACGAGAAUUCCUUAUUCGACUUGGAAAUAAUCGGUUUUAAUAAUGACAGCAAAGUUUACAUGAUAAUCAACCAGCCCAUUACGGAUAAGGAUGACCUUCUUAUUAAUUUUGUGGCGGAAAGGUUCGACGGUGUUAAAUUUCCAUUACCCGAUAAUCCCAUGAAACUGUGUAAGUUCCUUUUCGAAGAACGAUCUACCAAAUUAGAAUCUUACAUCCGACAAUUUCAUAUUUCAAGAGCUUUUAAUCUUGAAGAUCAAAUUUGUCCGAUAUUACCGGGUAAAAGAAAGCUGUUACCGUAUAUGUUUCCAAAAAAUGUAACUCUUUUGCACGACAUAGGUUGCGGAGAUUUUGUUUACACUGUCGACAUAUUCACUAAUGACACAAGUGAUUCCAGUGAGUAUAGAUCUUUGAUUUCUAGUCAGACAACUGUUCAUAUAGAGGGAGAAAGUUGUUCGAACACACUAAUGUAACAUAAUCUAUAGACAAAUUUAAUAAUAUGGUAUAAUUUUAAAUAUGACGUAUAAUUUUGAAUACAAUGUUAUAUAAAAUGUUAACCGUAACUAAUAGAUCUGUAUAAACACUGAUAAUAAAAUGUAUACACAAUA